CGGGGUUCCGCGCGGGGCACGGCGGGAGCCGCACGUGGGCACCGGCGGAAACCGCGCGGGGCCAGCGGGAUCGGGAACGGCACCGGGAUCGGGGCCAUUGGGAUCGCCCCCGGGAUCGGACCCACUGGGUCCGCCCCCGGGCGCCGGCGCCUCCGGAAUUGGCACCCCUGCGACCGCCAGCCCCGCAGCCGCCCCGCGCCAGUGAAGCCAGAAGGCUGGAAUUAGGAAGGCAGUGAAUGGAAUACACAAUGGCUGAUCCACACCUAGUGAGGCAGAGGCUCCAGAGGCGCCUGGAAGCUGUGUCAGCGCGGCAGCAGCUAGCCCUGCAACGGAACCAGGCCCUGUGCCAGGAAUUCCUGCAGCUGGAGGCUCACAUGGAAGCCACAGGCUGGGAGAGCAUCCGAAAGAUGGAAGAACGGUAUGGUAGGGAAAUUAAAAACCUGUUAUCCCUUCAAGAGGGCAGCUUGUCAGCAGGAGGUGACAAGGAGGAAGGACCCAGCGAGCAGGUGCUGCAGGCCGGAGGACAGGUGGAAAUUGGCACCGAUACAGCUGUGCCAGGAGGACUGGGCUAUCCAGCAGCUGCCUUGCUGGGCUGCCCCACAUCAGCUGCCUUGGCCACAGGAGGUUUGGGCUCGCAGCAGGAGCCCCCUCUGCGCUCCCCAUCCCCUGAUGGGCUCAGUCCUGAGACCGGCAACGCUGCUGGAGAGAGUGAGGAGGGAGCAGCAGGACACAGGGACCUGGCUGCCAGUGAAGAAGGCUCUGAGCAGCUCACCUCAGCGUUUGGUGCCAAAGCAGUCCCCCCGAGGCCAGGAAGUGUUCCAGGGGCAAAGCCUAGCAUGAGCAGCUGGUGGGCUUGCAGGGAGGGGAGCAGAGCCAAGCUCCCAGUCCCUGCUGGUGCUGAGGAGGAGGCAAGACCAAAAGUUCCCAGCAUGCGGCAGGAGCGGGGCAGGGAUACCCAGGCUCCAGAGUGCUCCCUGCUGCCCCCACCAAACCCUUCUGCAGCCCAGGAGAAGCCCUUGGACAGCUCAGCACCACGCAGGCCCGGCGGGAUGCGGGCUGAGCUCUUGGAGCUCUGCCACGCGCUGCAGCUCCUGGAGGGCCUGGUGGAGAGGAUGAGUCCCCGGCACCGGGCACUGUACCAGGGCCAGCCCUCGGGGACAGCGGAGCUGCCCAGUGCUUAUGCUGGGGCCAGUGGGCUGGCUCAGUGUGACCUUGAGGUGAUGGAAGCUGUGGUGCUCCAGCAGCUCCAGGCCGUGUCCCAGUGCGCAUGGAACAGGAGCCUUCCACCAGAGAACACUGGCGAGGCUGUGAGCAGAGCAGGGCACGAGGAGCACACCAGGGACACAGACAUCCUGUGGACUCUCCUGAGCCGCCAUGGCUUGUUCCUGAAGCAGCACUGGGUUCAGCUCCCGGAGUGGGUGGCAGAGAUGUUUGAGCAGCUGCUGGCUUCGGGAGAUGAGGAGCAGGACCACCAGACUGUGCUGGAACUGAGAGAGGCCCUUCCAGGAGAGUGUGGGGAUGAGCCACCUGUCCAGAGUGAUGAAUCCUCUCUCGGCCUGCCAUCGAUCCAGACCAACGAUGGGGAAGGAAAGCAGGGGGAACUGGCACAGCGAGAACCAGGUGGGGAUCGUGGCCACGACAGUCCUGAAGGAAGCAACAGUUUGGGAACGCAUUUGGAAAGCAGCUCCUUGUCGGAUGGAAGUGCUCCUCCCUUCUCCAGGACUGAAUUGCAGAAGGAAACAGUAACUGCCAUAAAAUCCAAAGCAUUCUGGGGCGAAUCUGACGACAGCUGCUCUGAGCUCGAGGCUGCUUUGUGCCCACAGUCCCAUGGCACAGAUUCAGAUGACUUUGAUGACUUCUAUGACUGAGAUUCUCCCACUGGCUUUUGGGAAGAAACAAACUGUUUUCUUUUACACAGUGAGUGUGCCACAGGCUGAAGCACUGCCUGUCACUUAAUUGGCAAAGAAAAUUUAAAUACCAAAUAAACAUAAUGGAUCCUA